GCACAACACAGCCCAACCCAACUGAGGAGGAAAUCCUGCAUCGCAGCUGCAAAACACACAACCCACCACGCGCACCCGGCAACAACUCCUUUGCCUGUUCUGAAUUGGCCCUCUUCACAGCCGCGCUGAUGAAAGGUCGAUUCUCCAUCUUCACUUCUCAGGACUACUUCUCAGACCAUCUGUGGAGGGCCCUGUCAGCUUAAUACCCCUCUUUGCACGACUUGAACUAGGGCCUCCUACCUCUCUUCAACCUUACCCUAGCACACAUCCUCGGAGAUGUUCACUUCCCUGGCAGCCCGCCUCCCGAAUGCCCUGGGUCAUGCUGCCCCAAGGGUCCCGUCCCGCAUUGCGGGCCAGGCUCGUCUUCUGAGCAGGCUCGCCGUGGACGGCAGCAAAGGCAGAGCCAUGCCUGCCUCCAACACGAGGGCCACUGCUGCUGCAUCCGGUGUGAACGCCACGUUCACCAUCAGAGAUGGCCCCGUGUUCCAAGGCAAGGCUUUCGGCGCCAACUCGAACAUCUCGGGCGAGGCCGUGUUCACCACCUCCCUCGUGGGAUACCCCGAGUCCAUGACGGACCCCUCCUACCGCGGCCAAAUCCUGGUCUUCACCCAGCCCCUGAUUGGCAACUACGGUGUUCCCUCGAAGGAGCGCGACCAGUACAAUCUCCUGAAGUACUUUGAGUCGCCCCACAUCCAAUGCGCCGGAGUUGUCGUCGCCGACGUCGCCGAGAAGUACAGCCACUGGACGGCCGUCGAGAGCCUGGGCGAGUGGUGCGCGCGGGAGGGCGUGCCCGCCAUCUCCGGCGUCGAUACUCGCGCCAUUGUCACCUACCUGCGCGAGCAGGGUUCUUCGCUCGCCAGGAUCUCGAUCGGCGACGAGUACGACGCCGACGAGGACGAGGGCUUCAUCGACCCCGGCGCGAUCAACCUGGUCAAGCGCGUGAGCACCAAGGCUCCAUUUGUCGUUGCUAACCCCAACGCCACCUUCCACGUUGCUCUGAUCGACUGCGGCGUCAAGGAGAACAUCCUGCGCAGCCUGGUCAGCCGCGGCGCCUCGGUCACCGUGUUCCCCUACAACUACCCGAUUCACAAGGUUGCCGAGAACUUCGACGGCGUCUUCAUCUCCAACGGCCCCGGUGACCCGACCCACUGCCAGGAGACGGUCUACAACCUGGGCCGCCUGAUGGAGACCUCGUCCGUUCCGAUCAUGGGCAUCUGCCUUGGCCACCAGCUCCUGGCUCUCGCCGUCGGCGCCCGGACCAUCAAGCUGAAAUACGGCAACCGCGCCCACAACAUCCCGGCGCUCGACCUGACCACCGGCCAGUGCCACAUCACCAGCCAGAACCACGGCUACGCCGUCGACGCCAGCACGCUGCCCAGCGAGUUCAAGGAGUACUUUGUGAACCUCAACGACGGCAGCAACGAGGGCAUGAUGCACAAGACCCGCCCCAUCUUCUCCACCCAGUUCCACCCGGAAGCCAAGGGCGGCCCCAUGGACAGCGCCUACCUGUUCGACAAGUAUCUGGAGAACGUCAAGAUGUACAAGGACAACGCCAAGGUCUACCGCGACAACAGGCCGUCCCAGCUGAUGAUCGACAUCCUCAACAAGGAGCGCGUCGGCGUGGAGCCCUGGCCCCUGGCUACGAAUUCCCCGUAGGGGCGUCCGUCCGUCCGGAUUUCUGGCUUUGGUUCUUUGCAUCGGUCAUGGGUUUCGGGGGUCUGCGUUGCGUUUUAUCUUUCAGUGGCUUCCGAACAUCUCCUAUGGGAGCAUGUUUUGGGAAGAGGUCUUGAGCUGUCUGAUGGCCAGAUUGAUACGAGCUGGACAUGGCUUUUCCCUCGGGGCAUGCCGUCCGCAGAUAGGUUCUGAAAAUUGACUUUCCAUUUUACUCCCC